UUUAUAGGGAAAAUAAUAUAUGUAAUAUGGAGUUGUCUGAAUUGCAGCAACUAAGUUAUUUGAUUGAGAGUUUAACAACAAGUUCUAAAUCUGAGCUUGACAAAGUCAAUUUGAAGAAACUGAAGUCAAUGUGUAAAAAAUCAAAUGAAUACGUUGAACAUGCAUUUCGAUUAUUGUUCACUCAGUUGGAAAUUGAUCAUUCAGAAGUACGCUUGAAUGCAGUAUUAAUAGUUGAUGAAUUGUUUCAACGAUCUCAUGCAUUUCGAGAGCUCUUAUUAGACAAUUUAACCAAUUUUCUCGAAUUGACUGCUGGAAUUAAUUUUGAUAUGCCCUUACCAGAACCAACUGGUGCUGCCAAAGAACUCAUGAAAAAAUCUGUAAAAUGUGUACACGCUUGGCACCAAAAAUAUGGUCCUGCCUACAAGAAAUUGGAUCUUGGAUAUAAUUUUUUAAAGAGCUCAAAAAAGAUACAGCUGGUCAAUGCUGAUGAGGUUCAAACUCAAAUACAGAGGAAUGCUUUGGAGGAGAGAAAGAGAAAAAAGGAUGAACAUAAUAAGAAAAGACUUGAAAAACUGACCACUGACAUCGAAAAUAACAUAAUGGAUAUUAAAAGCUGUCUUGCUGAAAUGGAAGCUUGUUUUACUCUGUUGGUUCCCAAAUUUGAUGAUGAUGAGACUAAUGAACCAGGGGAACAGAGUCAAACUGACGAAAGUCGCCAAACUGGAUUCUUGUCCCAUAGUUACAACAUUGAAUUAGAUCUUUCCAAGGAUAUAUUCGAAUUUAUGAGAGUGAAUCGUACUGAAGACAAUGCAGUUAUACUGGAAAAUUUAAGAGACCGAGAAAAGAUAAUGAAAAAUGUUCAUUUGCCUAGGGUUAAGAAAUGGCUGGCUCAUCUGGGUAUGUGUGGUGCUCCAAGUGAGCUGUUGAAACAAAUAAUUGAUUUGAAGACGGCCAUCACAAAAUGUAUUGAAAAGAAUAAAGAUAUGAUAGUAUCAGCUGAUCAACCUUCCACUAGUGGAGUUUCGUCAAACAAUAUCUUACAUGAAGAGUCUGAAGACUCUAGUGACGAUGAUUUUGAAGAAGUUUUAGAAAAACCAAAGCUAUUUAACAGCCAUGCAUCCCAGAAUAUAAAUACUGAUGUUAAUAAAAAAAUAACAGCAAUUGAUACGAGCAAAAAAGAAUCUUCUAAAUUAUCGUCUAAUGAUACAAAUGUUUGGAAACCAAUUAGAAGUGAUGACAACUUAAAUGACCCCACUUCCUAUUCUAGAGCUCUUGCUGUUCAAAAAGAGCAGUUGGAAUCUCUGAAAAGGGAUAAUACCACUUCUGAUAGUUUUUCUCCACCUAAGAUUGCGAAGAUUCAUCCAAAAUCAUUAAAAUUAAAACAGUCAACUAGCAAAUUAGGCAACAGACAAACAAAGGCUGAAAUUCCUGCCCCCAUUGUUUCAUUUGGGCCUGAUCUCCUAGAAUGGGAUGAAUCUAAAAAACAAGAGUUGAAGGAAACUUUAAGUAUGGGAGCUGCAAAAGCCUUAGAUAUAGGGCACAGGUUUUGGUCUGCAGACACAGCUUCAAGAGGGGAUGCAGUUUCGGAAGCCGCUCUGACAGCAUUAACAACAAGGAGUAUAGCAUUUACUGGAGAAUUUGAACCUGUAAAGUGGAGUUGCCGGGCUCCAUUGCCUAGUGGUAGACUAUGUCCCCGUAAAGAUCGGCACAAGUGCCCUUUUCAUGGAAAAAUCAUUCCGAGAGAUCCCAAUGGUAAUCCUACUGAUCCCGAAGAUAUUAAGAAGAUAAAGAAGGACAGUAACGAAACUGACACCACUGAGCACUGGCAAGAUCCAGCUCUUUUAAGGGAACUAAAAGCGAUAACAGGAAUUGAUUUGAAAAUGCCAGAUAAAAAAGGCACAAAAAGGAAGAAAAAGGGCAAGAAGGAGAAAUAUGAGAACUUGACAAAUGUUAAAGAUAUAAAGGACACUAGCCGACAUCGAUUGGAGAAAAAAGUUUUAGAUCCAAAGAGUAUAAAAAGAGUCUCUGAGACAUUGGAAAGAAUUGAAACAAAAAGGAACAUGCAAAAAUUUGGAAAUAAUUUCAAUUAUGCAUUAAACUAAAAGCUCAUUAAUUUUCCUUUUUUUUUCAUUAGGGACUGUUCAACCACUAUACUCACUAGAUCAACUGAACUAGAAAUAUUUUCAAUUAAAUAACAGCUAAUUAGAUAACGAAUUAAAAGUUCAUGAUGAAAUACUGAUUUAUAGUCUUAUGAUUUUGAUUGUAUAAAUUUUAUCCUUAGGAAGCAUGGAACCUACUAUCCAAAAUAUGAGACACUGGCUCUAUGGAUAAAACAUACAACAAUUGAUGUCAUUUCAAAUACAAAAUAAUGAAAUUUUAACAGAAGUAAACUUGAGUUUUUAUGGAUGGUAAAUGGGUCUAGCCUAGGAUUGCUUCAUAUGUAUAAAUAUGGAGUACAUAGUGUUUUUACGAUUAAUUACUGAAAUGUUUACACUUGGAAAUGCACAAAAAUUAAUGGAGAUGUGGAUUGCUGAGAAUGGAUAAUUUGUUAUGACUGUAUUGUUAAUCUAUAUUAUGGAAGUCUUACUAUGUAUGCCUGGUAAGUUUGAUUCAAUGACAUAUGGAUUCAUUUAUUCAAUGACUAGUUUGCAUGAUAAGAAUAAUGAUUUAUUACCUUGUUGGUGAUAUCUUACAAGUAUUCAUAAUGAUUUGAUGAAAUUUGUAUUCUGCCAAGCUGUCAUUGAUUCUAAUGGUACAAUACUUUGGUAAUUUGUUGAUCAGUAAUUCAAUCCAUAAACAACUUUUAUUAGGUAUGUGACAAUUACUAUUUAAUCUUGUUAAUUGAGCUAUCAAUCAAUAUUCUAGUGCCAAAGUAAGCAAACAUAACCGUAAAUGUCAACUGGAAUUUGAAUCUCUUUUGUAACACUGAUGGUUUUCUUUCUUUAAAUCCCCUAGUUUUCUUAUUUUAUAAUGUGAUUAGAAUAGGGAUGUAUGAACUGAUGUUGGUAGCACCGGACAUGUUAUUAAUUUCAAAAUUUUUCACCUCAACAUUUUUACUUAGUUUUGCAAUAUUAAUUAAUAUUUAAUUGUAGAAUAAAUCAAUCUCAAUAAAUCUUAUAUUAUAAUUUCUUGCUUUUUUUGUCUGUUUUGUUCUGUUUGCAUUAUAAAUACAUUUUUACAGUAUUGUAACUUUAACCUACAGUCUACAGCUGUAGGAAUUUUGGUGAUAGAAGAAAAUUAGGAUUGGGAAGGCAAUAAUUACGGUAUCACAUACAUCAUGUUAUUAAUUUAUAAUACUUUUUUUUACUUAAUGGACCAAUUGGCUAGUGCCAAUAUAUUUGAUGAAAAGUUCAAUACAACAUAUUUUAGUUGUGAAAUCUUUUUAUUUCAUGUAAUGAGUUUUAUAUUACUCAUACUUUUUUGGAAUUUAUAUUUUGUUGUCCUUGAGCACAUGACGAUACUUAUUUUUUCUUUUUUAAAGUGUGAAUUGUAUAUUUCUGAAUACAAAUAAUUUUGCAAUUUUUGUUAGUAUGAUAUCUGUUUAACCAAGUCCUCGAAAUACCUCUGAUAUCGGAAUAAUUUUAUAUCUAUUAAUUUUUAUAUUACAGUGUUUUGUUGCAAUCCUCACUCUUAAUAAUUUUACUGAUAAAACCGUAGAUGAACAAUGAGCAAUAUUAAAAUUAUCAUUAAACACUAUGGUUUCCAGGUUCUAUUUCCGGAUAUUUUUUCCAUUCCUUGUCAUUAUCCCAUAUGAUUCGACUUUGUAGAGUAGGCAAUUAGCAUUUUAGUGACAAUGGAAUUUAUAGCGUCUACUCCAUUGUUUUGAAAAAUCAAUUUAUUGUUAGUUGUAACAGUGAAGUGCCAUUGUAUGAGUUGUCAAGGAGCAAAUACCAGUUGUAUAGUAGUUGUUGACAAAAUAAACUGUUAUGAUUUCAGUCAGCAAGACUAAAUAUGUUUGUGUUAGUUCAUGUUGUUUUAUAUGUAGCAACAAUAUAUCAGGUUUAGAUAUUCUAUUCUAAAAAAACAAGGAAGCUAUUAUAGCAGAUUAUUAGUGAUUCGCUUUUAAAACAGAAUAAAGGUAUAAUCAUUUCUGAUAACUAUUCAGGAUAUUAUGUAAUCAUGCUCUAAGCCUGCUUUCCGUGAAUUCUAAUAUACACACCAGGCAUGUAUAUGUUACCAGUACUAAUCUCACUAUGCAAAUAAUAUCAUUAACAUGUUGGUAACAUUGAAUCUUCAUUUUUUUUUGGAUAAUUUUAGGUAGGGAUACCCAGAAAGAAUCAAAUAUUCAAAUACAUUCAAAAUUCAUCAUAUUCAUUAUUGUAACUUUUUUAGAAUUAAAUGCAUUAAGAAUUUUAUUAAAAAAUUGGGAUUUUGAGGUGUCAGACGAAAAGCCUAAAACGCAUGAUGUAUCCUAAUUGUUAACGAACAACACACGAUGAAUGACCUUGAUAUGUGUGCCGUAUCAGAUAUGAUCAAUGAUCAAAAUGAAGCGUUAUAGUGGCUCAUGUAUUUAUACGUAUGAGCUUGCUCACAUUCAAUCUCUUAUCGAUUGCAAUGAAUCUUUGACGUUAUUUCUUACGUGUAUAUUUGAAUUUUUUCAUACACUUUUGUGUUGUGUUUGCAUUGAUUCUUACAUGAUAAAAAUAAAAUAAAUUAUCUAUAUAUGGUAA